GGCUUUGACAAUUUUCCCUCUCAAAGUUACACUCUCUCUCCAGGGUUUCUCAUUUAUCGUGACGUCACAGUGCUAUACUACAACACGCAAAUAUGGCGACGGACAAGUUGGUGAUGACUACAGUAAUUUUAGCGUUGGAGAGACUUUGUGGAGAUAUCAGUGUUUAAAAGGAGCUAUCUGGAAGAUGUCAAAUGUUCCUUAGAUAAUAGAAAGAAUCGAUACAUCGUCAGCGAUGUAAAAUUCGUUUUUGGAGAUUCCUUCUUGAGAUUUGAGAAGUGAAGGUUCUGACCCCGCAAUUGAUGUCAGUUUACAAACAUUUCGAGAGAAAUGUUCGGUAUACGUACGUAGAGGAAAAUCGUUUGUGAAAAGAAAAGGUGGUAAAUAUCUUCUCGAGUACGGAAAAAUGGACAAAAUGGACCGACAAGAGCGAUUGGAAAGAACAGCUUCUAUGGCAUACAACAAAGGUUUGAUCAACAAUCCGGGUGAAAAUAAUUGUUUCCUCAAUUCUGCCGUUCAGGUAAGCAAGUAGCCUUGUUACCAGAACAAACUUUACGUACCCUAUUGAUAUUUUUGGUGAAAAAUUAAGUUUUAUUGUUUCUUCAUCGGUACCGAACGUACAAGUUUAUUCUCGAGCGUGGAAACUGAUGCUCAUUAAAAUGUGUUAUGUUUUAUUGCAAGAUAACAAUACCUUCUAGAGAAACGUAAUAACAUUUAGCGUUAUUUCUGUCGCAUUAGAAGCUUUUAAAAAGAGCAGAAAUAACCGCUAGAUAUUCUCAUAGUAUGAAAUAAUAAAGCUGAACCCACUGGUCACUGGUUAUCCAAAUUAGAAGUUCUAAAUUUGUCGCCUUCUUGUGGGUUUCGUGCGUUAGUUUAUGUAUCUCUGGCCCGUGUAUUGAUUUAGCGGUUUUGGUACUAAACUCUCAUUCGUUCAUCUUGGAGUAGUAAUAUCUUUUGGUUGUGAGUCAUUAUCUCGUCGAUUUCUGGGAACUCCAAACGUUGUAAAUUAAAACAAUUUCAUUGGCACAUCGAUCACAAUUUGAUCGAACGAGUUCGUGUGGGCAUGAAUGUCCUAAGGAAUGCGCAAUUAGAUUGCCUUUUUUUCAUUACAUAAAGGUUUCAGCGAUGCGUUAAAAUCCUUUCUUAUGUGCUGAAGGUGAUUGAGCCAUAACACAAUGGGCUUGAUGUCUUAAGUUGCACAGCCCGUGCAAGACUUGAUUUAUCUCUGCAGGAAACAUUUAUUUAUAUCAAGAAGGUUGGAACAUAUUAAAAGUUUCUCUCCUAAAAUCGCGUCUAAUAAUUUUGUGUAUGGUCGAAUAUUUUUUCACAAUCCUUCCGCUAAGUACCACAUCCGUUCAGUUUUAUGCGGAUCACGGAUCAUCAACAAAUUAUGUGAAAAAAUUCUGAACAAUUUUCCAUUGCUGUCAGCUUACCUUCUUAUCUGAAACUCGAUCUAACUGGAGUUUUGUGCAGUUUCUAUAAUUUAUUUAUUGCAAUUAAUAAAUUGUAGGACUAAGCAUUUUCAGAUUCUCACAUUUAAAAUAUUAUAAUGUUAACGAUAUUCCAAAACGAAUCUAUCUCAUCCCUGUAGUGUUAAAAUAAUAAUUUGGCAUUUUUAAACCACUUAAACUUAAUCCGUUUCUAAGCUAAGAUUAGAUUAUAGGGGCCAAUAUUGAAUUCUUACCCUGUAUGGUUUAGAAAUUGGCGUGAUGUAAAAGAAUCCCAAAAGCUAGAUUUUUUUGUUAGAUAUAUAUUCACAUUAGUUAUAUGUCUGAUUAUAAAAAAAUACAGUUUAUAUUGUAAAAAUGCAUCAUUCCUAGCCUUGUCUAAAAUUUUGAAAAUUGAAGGUUUUUUGUAUAGGUGGCCUUAGUGUUAACCCAUAUUAAUAACAUUAUUUGAACAACUUGUGUCCUACCAUAUUCAACCUUUUUUAGUCUUGAAAUACCACAGUACUUCGCACUUGAAAAGCACAAAGAGCUCUGAGAGGUCCAAGUCUUAAUCAGUGUAAUGAUAAUUAUGGUUUAGAUUACAUGGGUUAUGUUUUCGUUUAAAACUGAUACUAAUAGGUGGCUGUAAUCAAUAGGAUUUAUUUCUUAAAAAGAAAAUGUCAACGUUUAUCCUAGAGUGUAUCAUAGGACUUAUAUGUUUGAAAAAUAAUGCUGCACAAACUUUUUGGGGCAGCAAAUAUGCAGAAAUUUAUUUUUGUAUUAAAGCAAAUAAGCGCCAAAAAUAAUCUGAAAUAAAGAAUUCAAUUUUAAAUCAUAGUAAAUACCGUCAGUUGUGUAAAGUUAAUCCAUAAAUGAGAAUUGAAUUAUCUGCAAUUUCGGAAAGGGGGGGGGGGGGGGAGGGACAUUUGACUCUCAUUGCAUGACUGGUCAAUUCCUAGAAUAAACCACUAAGUGGUAGUGUCACAAAAAAUAUAUGAUUCAUUUCACAUAAUUAUUGCCAUAAUGUCAUAAGAGUUGGAAAUAUUUAGGAAUUUGCAUGUUAUUUUUUCUGCAAUUUUUGAGCAUUUUUUUUAUUUCUGGAAAAAGGGUCGCUCAAUAUCAGGACUUUCACUAAAGGCCAGGGUUUGGGCAUUUCCCCUGGCUAUAAUAAGUAUGACACCUGGCUACUUUCAUGGGAAGCAAAGGGAGAAUAGGUAGAGGAUAUUAUAUGGCCUUGCAGAAAUACGAAAUUUCUCUUCAAGUGUCGAAAAAUAUUUCACGAGUGAGCGCAGUGAGCAAGUGAAAUAUUUUUUCAACGUGAGAAGAGAAAUUUCGUAUAUCUCCAAGUAGCCAUGUAAUUUUCUAUUUAUUAUAAAAACACCAAUGAAAUACCGAACCAUUUCACUUUAAUGGUUUUUUGGUGUAAAGGCACGAUUUAUUAUGUAGACAUAGCAGUGGUGAUAUUUUGACAUGUGAAGAUAACAUGUUAUUUUGACAUGUGAAGAUAUCAAGUUUUCGCUCGAAAGCUCACCUGGUAUUUCAUUGGUGUUUAUAUUUUAAAAACGGUCAAUUCCCUGUCUACCAGUUACAUAUAUGUGGCAUUUUGAAAUCUUAGUGACAGCCUUGCAGCAUAGUGUUAAACCAAGCCGUUCAUUCAAUGAUAAAUGCAUUUUGCUUUAGGUACUUUGGCAUCUUGAUGUGUUUAGACGAAGCUUUAGAGAGAUUAAAGGCCACUACUGCAUGGGCCAGUCCUGUAUAUUUUGUGCUCUAGACUUCAUAUUCAAACAGUUUCAGUACAGCAGUAAUGAUGCUCUUCCUCCAGACGGAUUGAGGGUUGCUUUAGCAGUUGCAUUCAAGGUUAGAUUAAAUAAUGCAUUAUUUUAAACAUAAUUCCAAUCCUUUAUGUGACGUUUACUUGUUAAAGGAGCUGUGUCACGAAAUUCAGCCAAAUUAGGAAAUUACAAAAUGCCUGUUAAAUUAAGAGAAACAUAAAAAUAACCGCUUAAAACUUAAAAGCCAAAGGUUGAAAUAAGAUAACAGAAACAACAGAUACCACGGAUGGGCAAAACUGAAGAAGAUUAAAACGGACUGAAAUUAGGGUUUUUGAAAACUGUUCAGCCUAACAGUUUUUCAGAGUUGAUCCCUGCUGCUUGCAACUUCAAAAACAAUGCUCAGGAGACAUAUUUGUUUGUCUCGGAUCUCUGAUUUUGUCAUUCACAUGUAAUUUCUUUGCUUACUUCAAGUUCCAUGGCAAUUGAGAGCGAGUAAUUGGCAAAAUUAAACAAAAUGAAUUGGACUGCCGUGACACAGCCCCUUUAAUGUUACAAAUCAGGCAUCAAUUAUUUAAAAGAGAACUUUUAGAAAUUAACAAGUUUGGCUAUUGAUUUCAGACUCAAAAACAAUAGUUACACUUUUAAGUUACACUAUGAAAGUUUUAUUCAGUCAACUCAGAAUAUAGCUAUAGAGCCACCGUGGAUGGAUAGCUCAAUAAAUGCACAGCCGUGUGUAUGCUAGGGGUCAAAAUUAAGUUCAGGUAAAAAAUUUUUUUAACCUAGGUUGAUUCUCUAUUUUCUCUAUCUCCUGGCCCUAUACAUGUGCUGGUUAUGGUUAUUGCACUUGGGUCCCACUACCUGCUUAUGAGUAAACCAGCUAUAAAAAAUUUUCGCAAAAAGACAUUAAUUAGAGAUACAGUUUUAAAAUGCUGAAAUAAUUAGUGCGGGAACCUCCAACAGCAACUUAUUUUGUUGUUGUUUGAUUACCCCAGCACAGAUAUCUGGGAGUUGUUUAGUUGAAUAUGGGAAGCUCACUUGGUCUUACAGAGUCGAUAAAAAUUGACUUUGCUAAAUUUAAGUGCAUGUUGAGUCGAUCUUAAUUUUUAUGGGUCAAAUUCUUGGUCUUCUUUUCCUGUAAUAUAAUAUAUGCUUCUGAUUUUCCAACAGAAUCAACAUAGAUUUCAGCUGGGAGACAUGGAUGACGCUGCAGAGUGUUUUGUAAGUUAAGAUGACCUUUAAGAUAGUCUAAUAAAAGCCACAGAGAAUAUUUUUGCUGUAAUGUCUUAUAAAUGUUGUUCCUUUGUUGGUUGGAAAUUAUCCAUCAAACAUGAGACCCAGUGUAUCAUCCAGCAUCCAGACAUGGAAAAUAUUUCAGGUGUUCAUGGUUUUGUGAGUUUGAUAUUCCUGUGAGUCUCUUUUUCAGAGGUGUCACCAGACUUUAUACAGAUAGUCUUAUCAUAAUAAGUAUAGCCUGCACCACAGAUGGAACUAAACUUCUGGUAAAGUCCAUAUGUGAAACAGUGCUGAAAUUCUUGUUCUGGGUCCCCACCUGUGAACCAGGAUUUGAGUACACACUACGAUUGGCCUGUUAAAAAGCCUUUGUCAAAAGCCAAUAUUACUGUAAAGAGAAAUUCAAAAUGCAUUUCCAGUAAUUCUAAGUUGUUGAGUUUGUUGGUGGCCCAGAACAAGGAUAUUGGUACUGUUUCACAGAUGUUACUAACUGGGGUUAGAUUACCUCUCCCUCAUUAGCACAUUUAGAGUGCAUAUUCAUUUUUACAAGUUUCAUAAAAGGUCCUUUUCUGUGCGUAUUCUUUUUAACACUUAGUUCUUACGCCAAUUUCUUAUACUUAAUCUAGGAAAACAUCCUGAGCCACAUGCAUACACUUGUUGCUAGAAAUGAACAUGAUGAUGCUUGCACUGCCAAGCACUGUAUAUCACAUCAGAAGUUUGCCAUGCAGAUUAUUGAACAGGUAUUAUGUGCGUAGGUCUUGAAAAAGUCCUGUCUGGUAGUCUGGGACAAGUAGAUUUUCUUGUUGGGCGAGUAACUUAUAAGCAAGUCAUCCUCAAACUGAAUGAUAAAUAUUAAAGAUGAGUAAGAAGUGGCCCCAGUCCCUGAUUGAUGUGUCAUGCUCAGGCAAAGAAAAACAGUGGUUCUGUUGCAAAUUGCUAUGGUGAAUCCUGUAACUUAUACUGCACCAUGAAAAAUUGCAAGUCCAUUCCAAUAAGCAGUGGUUUCAUUGAAAUAUUUGUCUGGAAAGGUUUCAGCUACAUCUUGCCUGAAGGCCAAGCUGUAAAACUGACUUUCUUAGCACCUUGAAGCUGAAAAAAUACUUGGAUUGUUUCCUGACUUGUUGAUACCUUAAAUACUUUCUUGGGGCCAAAUGCAAGUUAAAUACAAUGAUCAACAAAUCUAAGUUAAACACAAUGAUCAAUAUUUAUUUUUUGUUUGUAGUUAACCUAGAGCUUGUGCUAACUAGGGUAAACCUUUUUACUCAACCUGAGUGAAGGAUGGCCUAAAAUGUUGUUUUAACUGUUGUGUCAAAAUCUUAUGGUGUGACCAUUCAAAUGAACCCCCUUUAACUUAAUGAACCAUAAGUACAAAUUAAUUUACUUUGACUGUGUUAACAACUGGCCUUAUUUUGAUAUUAUUUAUAACAGACAAUAUGCCAGUGUGGAGAACAGUCCGAACCACUUCCCUUUUUUCAGCUUGUACACUAUGUAUCUGCUUCUGCACUGUGGUAUGUACAGUCUGCCCAAUAGUUGUCACUAGUAAGUUGUUUAAACCAAGACUUAACAUAGUCGCAAAUAUUUUUUUGUUUCUUGAGAGGAUAUAAUUAUGACCGGCUAAGUCACCGUUUUGGUUAGACUCAUUCUAAUGUAUAGACAGAUUACUGCCUCAUAUUCCUUGCAAUAAUGGUAUUUAGUUGUUACAACAAUUCCUGCGUGCUCUAAGAUAGAUUUUGUUCAUCUGGGUAUUAAUUAUCACUCAUGAUAAUAUUAGGCAAAAUUUUGCCAAAUUAGUCUACGUGCUUUCCGUGUUACUUUGUGGUACAAUUUGCAUGAAUUGUAGUAUGGCAGUAAUCUCCUUGCCUGGUUAAAAAGUACCUAAUUUGCCUAUUUGGGCUGCCACUGUGGAGUACCUUAAUUGUCCCUUGCCCCUGCCAGGCCAAAGUUGUUUUGGCCAAAACAUUUUAAAAUCUGAAAGGAGAGGGAGAUUUAUCUAAAAUUGAAGAGAAUCUGUGGCAUGUUUUUUUUUUUACACUUUUUCUACUUUGUAUAAGUUAGGGGUGAUACACCGUUUAAAUAGCAUAGACGGACACAGUAUACCCUGUACCUACCAUUGUUACUAAGUGCUGAUAUGUUAAUGAAUUAUUAUGUACACUGCACUUAUAUUAUUUUUCACUACAGCACAAAAGCGAGGAGUCUAAAAGGAUGGGACAAUACCCGGCCAAUUGAGAAUCAGUUUGGAGUUCUGUUAAGAAGGGCAGGCCAAGACACCAGAGAAUGUCAAGUAAGUUGAAUCAGCUUAUUUUAUUUACACAUAGGUAACUCACUGAAAGCUUUUAUGGUAUGCAACUACUAUUUCAUUUUCGCUAAUAAAUGAUCUGUUUGACCAGCCAUUUCUGUCCUUUGGAAGUUUAAUGGUUAUGGGAUUUUAAAAAUCCCCAAGCAACAUUUGAUAAACUUCUUUAUUUUCCUUGCAAGUUUCCCUCUGUUUGGUUUUUCAAGAGAAGCAACAGGAGAAUUUGCACGAGGCUGUCUUCCUGGUGGUGAUGUUUCUUGCUUUUGUGACUAACAAAUCUUGUAUUUUAGAGUCCAGACUGUAGGGACAGAGUUCAAGUUCAGCGUUUGUUAUUGAACUGUCCAGAUAUUGGUGAGUGAACACUUAUUAAUUUUAUAAUCCAUGAAAUUAAUAUUGAUCUAUUAAUAAUUACUUGGCAAAUUGGCAAACGAAGUGCUGUAUGGAAAGUCCACCUACUAUACUCUUGAAGUCAUAACUACCUUGCAUGUCUUUAUGGAAACUUAGAAAUUAGAAUUAUAAGAAUUUUUACAAAAUUUUACCAAUGUUAGAAUCACGCAAGUAAUAUUAUGGCAUUUUAAAAAGUUGAAUGACAUUUUUAGCAACAAAAAAUGGUAGAAAAGGAAAAGGUAUCCACUGUUGCAUCAAAUAAUCGCUAUUACCUAUAACAAUUACUGAAAAGUAAUUGUCUCUGUUGUUUUUGUAGUGAGCGUAGGUCUUAUUUGGGAUUCAGAGUCACCAGAUGCUGAACAUAUUGCAGAUGUUUUGCAAUGCAUUGGAACAACUCUUAAGCUUUCUGAUGUAAGACUUUAGACAUUUGUAAAACGUUUUGCCCUCAUACUGUAAGUUGCCACGGCUGUCAAUAAGUUAGCCUGCAAGCAACCUCUCCAAUAAAGAGCCAGGAGCAAAGCCCCCUUGCACUCACAUCUUCUUUUGUGUGCAGCUUUCACGUGACUUCUCACAACUCCCCCAAAAGGAGUGCUUGCUGUUAUAUGUAUUUUUAUUAGGGGGGGAAAUUGAACAGCGAGGAAGUUCAUUGAUUCUAUUUUCCCUUUGUUUCCCUCAAAAGUUGCUGGGGGUCAUCCUCAUAGUAGCCAGGGGAAAUCCCUGGCCCUUAGUGGAACCCUAAGUUGCAAUGAAGAUACAGCUUAGUGUGGGUUAUAAGUCUUCAAAAAAAUGCCCGCUCUUGAAUAAUUUGCGGCCCCCUUUCUCUUCUCCUGCCUGUUAUUUUGCCUUGUUUUCCGUAGUAAUUUGUCUUGUUGUCAAAACCAGGUCUUGUUUGGCUCCUCCUAAAACAUUCGGGAAUUUAUAUAGGAUUUAAUGGAGCCAAAACCAAUUGCAUCCAGUUUAGGAUGGCAUUCUACUGAUGAAUGGUUAUGGUUAUUGCAGUAGCAUAAGUUGUUGAUAGACUGUCCCUGAUCAAUUAUUUUUAAAGGCAAAUGAUCAUCUAUUUUGCCAAGAUGUGGGAAAAUCAAUAAAUAAACAAUAAAUUUGGCCUUCCUUGGGAUUUUAGUCAAGAAUUACUGUAAUUGCAAAGGAAAAGCUUGUAUGAAUUAUUUUGAUUGCCAUGGAACUAUUCUCAUGGCUAAUUAACCUGUUUUAAUAGAGGAUAUAACUUGAGUUCUGUUUUUGUUACAGUUGUAUCAUCAAGUCUAUGAUGAGAGGGCUAAGGAAGCUUCAUUACAGUUAGUUGGCAUAGUAACGUACUAUGGCAAACACUAUUCAACAUUCUUCUUUCAUAGCAAACUUCGAACGUGGAUUUAUUUUGAUGAUGCCAGAGUCAAAGAGGUGAGGGUGUAAUGUGAGUUCCACAAACUGAACCCUGGUUAAAGCACUUUAUUCCCUGAAUACUGCUUCCUGUACUUGCUCCAAAAAUGUCACUUUAAAUAUACAGUGUACGUGUCCUUGUACUUGUACUUGUACGUUGAAGAACUGUUUGCUCUUACAGAAAAACAACAACAAAAAAUGGCGCCUAGCUCUACCAUGUGUUCUCCGGUCACAUGACUAUCAUGUGACCGGAGGUGCGAACCAAAACGCAGAUAUGCAAAUAAAAACAAAACAAAAAAAAAAAAGGGAAAAAAUAAAACAAAUAGAAUAAAAUAAACUGACGACGGUCGGUAGUUACACCGGCCCCUAAAUGAGAAUGCACCGACAGCAAUCUCAUUUACAAACAUAAGCUACCGACUACAACUAAACACAACGUUAUAAAGGAAUGAUUAGAAUCACUGUUCAUGACUAUCAAAGCCAAUGUUCAUAUCAACGUUCAUUAAAUCAUCUCCUUGCACUGCUGCAAAGUCACUUAAACUGGUCCUACUCUAUCGGCCACUCCAUCCAUCUCCAGAAAACAUAACUUUGUAACUGGGCGUGUAAGUAUGGUGGUACUGGCUGCGGUCACAGGUUCUCUUCUGUACCGUCGUUUGGCACAUGUCGCUACUGUUGCACUUGUCUUCACCUUCACUGCGCGCACCCACCCAUCGCGGCUCACAAUAACUUCCACGACUCUUCCAAGCGGCCACUUCCCUCUGGAAAAGGUUUCGUCUGCUACAAGCACCAAGUCACCAAUUUGUAAAUUCCUUUUUGGCUCAGUCCACUUCUUCCUGUCUAACAGAGUGGGCAGGUACUCCCUCGUCCACCUACGCCAGAACAAAUUGGCAAGAUACUGCGCUUGCCUCCAAGCACGUCUGCAGGUGAGGUCGUCCUUGUCGAAGACCCCUGGAGGUACACUUGGGCACGGGCGCAGAUGCAACAAAUGAUUAGGGGUUAAUGGUUGCUCGUCUAAAGGACUGUCGCUAUUUCUUGAGAGGGGUCUGGAAUUGAGAAUAUUCGUCACCUCUGCCAAAACGGUUGAGAGGACCUCAUCGGAGACUACCUGCUCCUUCAACAUCGCUCGCAAGAUCUGGCGCACAGAACGUAUCAUCCGCUCCCAGAUGCCGCCCAUGUGGCUCGCCGCUGGUGGAUUGAAAAUCCAUUCUAUCAUCCUCUGUCCACAAAAACUGUUGAUCUUCUGCUGAUUCCAUCCCUCUAUGGCUUCCUUUAACUCCCUUUCUGCGCUAGUAAAGUUUGUACCUCGAUCACUUCUUAUCCGCUCAGGACAACCACGAAUACUGAUGAAUCUUCUGAGUGCAUUUAUCAUUGAGUCAGUGUCCAAGGAAUGGGCCACUUCUAUAUGGACCGCUCGCAUUGUCAAACACGUAAAUAGGCGUCCAUACCUUUUCACAUGGGAUCUGCCCUGCUUUACUUCAAUCGGCCCGAAAUAAUCGACGCCAACAAAUGUGAAUGGUGGCUUGUUAGGGGUUAGCCUCUCUUCAGGUAAAUUUGCCAUAAACUGCUCUCCCGGGCGUGUGUUUCUUCGCUGACAGUCUAUACAUCUCCUUAACACUCGUCGCACUGCUGACCUUCCUUUGACCACCCAGAAUGUUUCUCUUAAAGAAGACAAAACACAUUCUUGACCCAUGUGACCCAAACUCUCAUGAUACUGCUUGAUAAUCAGAUCCGUCACAUGAUGCUUGUAGGGAAGGAUAAUAGGGUGUUUCUUCUCAUAAGGAACCGGGGCAAGUGCUAGUCGGCCACGAACCCUCAGCAAACCAUCCUCUAAGCGUGGGUUGAGCUGAUGCAACGCCGUUCCUGCCUUUCGAAGGACCCUUUUAACACAACCAUCUGCAUCGCAACUUCCUGCUGAUGAGAGAACCUCGAUGACUUGAGGAAAAGACACUUGCUGUACUUCCUUGAGGAUUUCCUUCUCGGCCUCCUGAAGCUCUGCCACCUUCAAGUAGCCAUAUUUCACGAAUGGCACUUCGCCGCUCUGGACUUGGCAUUCACUCGAAACUAAAGUGCUCCUCUUACUCAGCUGAGCUUUCAGUAAAAGGUACGCCUUGUACCGCAACAACCAGGCUACAGCCCUUUUCAACUUCCACCAAGACGAGUAGCGUGCUAUUAAGGGCUCCAGGUAUUUACUUUGAACAACAACAGUGUAAAUCUGAGUCUCCUUCCUGACUUCAGGGUCGUCAUCUUUCAAUGCUGGAAUUUCAACCAUCCUUGGCCAGAGGCUCUCAUUUCCCCAAAGAAACUCCGGACCUCUCAACCAGCGAUCAUUUUUUAACAUGUCAUCCAAUUUAAGUCCCUUUGAGCCAUCAUCUGCAGGAUUGUUAUCUCUGUUUACAUAAUGCCACUCGGAGUGGGAAGAUCCAUUAUGUAUCACCGUCAAACGAUUGGAUUCGAACGUGUGGAAUCUUUUUGAUUCGUUGCUGAUACACUUCAACACUGACAUUGAAUCGGUCCAGUAGGACACUUUCUGGAAGUUCAUAUCCAAUUCUUCACGGAUAAUCUUAGAGAGUUUCACGGAGAUGACUGCAGCUGUCAAUUCCAACCUUGGAAUUGAAAUCUCGCGCACUGGGGCUAACCUGGCCUUUCCCAUUUCGAAUGCACAAUGAAUUCGACUGUUCUCGUCCUUCACACGGAGGUAUGCAACCGAUGUGUAUCCUUGACGAGAUGCGUCUGAGAAAAGAUGUAACUGUACUUCUCUUACUUCGCCAAACUCUCUGGGUCUGAAACAAUGAUCUACUUGCACUUCAUGUAACUUGGGAAGAUCAUCCAGCCAUCGCCUCCACUGGAUUUUCUCAGCCUCCCCAAUGAGAUCAUCCCAACCAACGUUCUUUCUACUAAGGGCUUGCAACAACAGUUUGGCUUUCAUGAUGUAUGGUGCAAUAAAACCCAGGGGAUCAAAUAGACAAUAAACAGCUGACACUAUUCCUCUGCGUGUCAUUGGCCGCUGGUUAGCAACUUGAAGGAUCUUCUCCAAGACCUCCCACACAAAUUUGUCUUCCUCUGUGUUCCAUUUGAGACCUAGAGCAGAUUCGGUCGGCAAUUUCUCUAAGUCCAAGUUUGCAAAUGACUUAGCCCUUUCAGAUUCUGGAAUCGCUGCUAGCACAUCUCUGUCAUUGCUAUACCACUUUGUCAAAUGGAAACCACCUCUUCUUAGUAGCUCCUGGAGUUGACUCACCAGCACAACUGCCUUCUCGGUAGUGUUUGUUGACUUCAUCAUGUCGUCCACAUACAUGUUACGCUUGACCGUUUCCACUGCCUGUUCCUCGAACCCUUCUCCAUGUAACUCGGCGGUUUUUUUCAAACAGAAAUUAGCAAUACUCGGGGAAGAUGUGGCUCCAAAUAGGUGCUUCACCAUUCUAUAUUCUUCAAAUUCUCGAGACAAGUCUCCAUUGAGCCACCACAAAAAUCUAAGUGCGUCACAGUCCUUAGGUUCCACCAACACCUGAUGGAACAUCGCUUCAAUGUCAGCUACCACUCCAAUGGGCUCUUGUCUAAACCGACUAAGGACACCCACUAAUUGAUUUGUUUGAUCAGGUCCUUGUAAAAGUUGUUGAUUCAAUGAUGUUCCUCCGUACUUGGCAGCACAAUCAUAAACUACUCUCACUUUGCCGGGUUUUAAGGGGUGAGUUACGGGAUGAUGAGGUAGGUACCACACCGGUCUGUCCUUUAUCUCUAACUCUUCAUCGGGGACCUUUUCAGCGUGGCCACUUUCAAUGUAAUCAGCCAUUGUUGUCUUGUAUUUCUCCAACAAGGCUUCGUCUUUCAGGAGUCGUUUCUUUAGAAGCAAACCUCUUCGCUCUGCAACUACCCUGUUGUUAGGUAAAAAUGGUGGCUCAUGUCGCCAAGGCAGGGCAACCUGAAAGUGUCCAUCUAUCAUCUUAAGAGUUCUCUCCAUUAUUUCUAGGGCCCUUUUGUCUUCCAACGAUGCACAAACUCGCGUCUCGACUUCACAGUUUUCAAAAUCUGUUCUCCACAGUCGCUCCAACUGCUGACUAAGCUCAUCGUCCCGAGCUUGACGAUCAAUUUCAUCUAUCUGUAAACGAUACUUGGGUUCACUGGCAUUACAUUCUAAUUCAAGGACACAGUUCAUGUCUGCAACAUUCUCUUCAUAGGCAUCUUCACUGUUUAGCCCUGUAGACAACACAACACUCUUCUUGUGGUCUUUGCAAAGAACAUAAUCUUCAAAAUCUAAACCACCUGCGCACACAACAGAGCUAUCUUCCAUACGUAGGUAGUUGACUGAGCGUUCGGCAGUACAGCUUUCUCCACCAACAGGACCUAUCACCGUCCAUCCCAGGCUGUACCUAAUUGCUAUUGGUUCUCCUUUGCCACCAGCUCGGCAUUCUGACGGCAAGAACAAGCUUGGGUUGUCUUUAAGACCAACAAUUAACAUGACACUUGUGAUGUCCAACUGUCGUAACUCAAUAUCACGCAAAUGAGGCCAAUUUUCAAGGUCCUCCUUCUUGGCUAUACAGCUCUCAGUUAUAGGCAUAUGCUUGACUGUCCUGACGCUUGAAAGUUCCACUGUCACUGAUUCAUCCAUUGACAUCACCACAAGAUCUACUUGUUGACUUUCCACUCUGGCUGAGCCCGUCAUCCCUGCUAAAGUGAAGUCCAGCCUCGUGCCGCUUGCACCCAAUGUCUCCUUCAACUUUUCAUGACAAAGAGUCACUUCUGAGCCACUGUCCAACAACGCAUAUGUUUCAACAGGUAUCAAAUUGCUACCUUUGGCUAGGACCUUGACUGGAACAACACUAAGACAGACUCGCUCGCCGGCCCCAGUUGCAGCAGUUACGGCAGCACCUUCACUAGUUACUCCACUGGUUUCACUGUUGGUGUUCGCCCUUGAUUCUUCCUGAUUAAGCUGGCGUGGAUUAACACUUGGUGGGGUUGAAUCUGCUGGAGGGGGGUGUAGCAGUGUGUUGUGUUCCUUCUUACAUCCAUUCACUUGACAUUUGAACUGAGUUUUGGGGCAGUUUCUUGCAAAAUGACCGCUCUGGAGACACUUGAUACAAAGGCUUUGUUCAUGUACUACUUUCCAUCUGUCUUGAUGAGAUUGCUUCUUAAACUUAUCACACCUCCACAAUCCAUGCCGACCACGACAAACGGUACAAGCAGGCAUUUUUUGGUUGUGUCCCCCAUUUCCCUGUCGACCUCGGACACCUCCAGAUAGUGACACAAGUCUUCGAGGAUUUCGACCUCGUUGGUCUCUCCGAUUCACAUUCUCCCUUUCCUUCGAAGGAGCAGCGUUAAGAUCCUCUCCAAACUCAUUAUUAACAAGCGCAGCUCUGUCCUUUAAGUGUUUAAGGAAGUCUGCAAACUUAGGUUUCGAUCCAAAUGAAAUAAUCCUUCCUGCACAUUCUGUCCACUUGACCCUCAUAAACAGUGGCAGCUUCUUGUUCAGUUCCCUUAACGUAUUCGUGUGAUUCAAAUCACUGACGUAUUCAGGCCCCAUGCCUGACAGUGUUCUAUUGGCAACAUCUAAAUGGCGGGCAAAUUCAAGUAAACUUGCCCCAUUCGCCUGUUUCAAGGGAGGUAGGUCUUCCAACUUCUUGAUAUGUGCUUUGGCUAUGAUGUGAGGCAGUCCAAAGUUUUCGCGUAAGGUAUUCUUAGCUACAUAAUAUCCCUCGUCUACUGGUAGAUUCACACAACUUUCAAUGGCAUCCCUUGCCUUGCCAUAACAGUGUUGGAUUAAUAGCUGUAAUCUCCUGGAGUUGUCGAGGUUAUCUUUCUCUAAGCAGGUUUCAAAAUUGUGCAUGAACGAGACAUACUUUAUGGGGUCUCCAUCGAAUCUCAUGUACUCAAUCCUUGGGGCAGAAACAACUUGACGCAGUGCUUGUACUAUCUCUGCUCUGCUAUCUGGUGUCACCGAUACUGGUUCUCGCAUAUAACAUUCUGCUGGGACUGCACCAGGGGUCUGGGACCAGGGUACCUGAGUUGGCCAUUGUGAGUACUCUUUGGUGUUAAAGUGGGUUGUUAAUGGUGUCUGUACUUGUUGUGAUAAAUUUAGCACUGAUGGAUUUACAGGCGGAUUUCUCAAUGCUUCAGUGUCCUUUGCGUUAUUCAGUUGCUCUGUAUGUUUACCUGUUCCAGCUUCAUCAACAUAAACUGUAUGCUCGGUUUCUGAGAACACUGGGUUGGGCACUGUAACGCUUGCUGACUGAAAUGUCUUAGCAGCUGAAUUCAUGAUUCUCUCAUUGUCUCUUAAUGCAGGCACCUGCUCCAGAGGUGCAAGCUCUUGUACUAGUUGUUCGUGUGGCUCGAUUAGCUGCGACUGAGCCACAUUCUGUGCCUGAUUCCCAUGUGGAUGUAAGGUUUCCUCAGGUAUAAACUCUGCUAAACGCUCCCUAUACUGACUCUUCCUGCAUUGAUUCUCAAACUCUUCAUACACAUUAAGACUCGCUUUAGCCCGCUCUUCCUCCAUCUUAGCCUCCAACAUGUCCUUCUCAAAUUGAAGCUCACUUAAUUUGCGUUGUAACUGUUGUUCCUGCAGCACUUGCUUGGUCUUCAGUUGGGCUAGGGCAAGUUUUUCCUUUUUCUUCGCCACUGCUAAUGAAGCUGAACUUGAGCCAGUUGACCCGCUUUUCGUACUCUUCCUUGACUUUCUUGGAUAGGAUUUUAAGUCAUUCUCUCGUUUCUUAAUACUAGAUGUGACUUGGAAUUUCCAUGUUUCAAUUUCAUUGUCAAAUGUUGCUUUCUUUGACAUCUGCUCCUUGUAGUUAGCGUCAGCCCUUUCAACGUCUUCACAACGACUAAGAACAUCAAGACAUUCAAUGUACUCUUCAUGGGUGUUCACGAAUCUCCUCCAAGCUUCUUCAUACGAAUCUCGCUUUAAUUGUAAGUCCUCCAAAGUUCCACAGUUCUCAAUUAUGCCUUGAAUGUUCCCUCGCAGUCUCGUGAGGGUUGCAACAUAACCUGCACAGGAAUAUUUCAAUGUGUUUGCCCUCUCAGCUGUUCUACUUUCAAAAUCUAUAUUAGAUGGUACUUUAACUCGGGAACUUCUUCUUAAUUGGGUUCCAAGUCUGCCCUCUGACAGAGUUUCCUGGACAUUUUGUUGUUCCAGUUUGUCAGCAACAGGCACUGAUCGAACAGACAUUUUGCUCCACUGUACUAUUGGCCACAAAACAAAUAAACUCCAAACACAAACAAGAUAGCUAUUGUCACAUACCUUAGACAUCCACUAUUUUCUCUGAUAGCAAAUAAGUAAUAUAAAGGUCCCACACAAGUCUCAAAGGUUGUACAUGUAAAACAAUUCUCGCAAAGCAACGAGCGUGAUGCAGUGUCAAAUAACACGAAAAUCGUACGCAUAAACCAAUGUUCUCCCCGAGAACAAAACGAUCCAAAACGUUUCCAAACAACUGAAUGAGCAACAAAUCCACACGUGAAUAAGACCAAUCUCUGUUAGAAUAUCGUUCUCCGCGAAGAAUUGAACUAGACGUAAGCUUGAAUCAUCCGUAGACGUGGACACAAUUCCAAUGAACGCGACAAAGUUCCAAAUGCGACAAAUCACAACAAAUUCUUGUCAAAUAAAUGUUCUCCCUGAGAACAAAACAAUCCAAACGUUCCCACACACUUGAAUGAGCAACAAAUCCAGACGUAAAUAAGAACCAAUCCCUGUUAGAAUAUCGUUCUCCGCGAAGAAUUGAACUAGACGUAAGCUUGAAUAAUCCGUAGAUGUGGACAAUUCCAAUGAACGCGACAAAGUUCCAAAUGCGACAAAUCACAACAAAUUCUUGUCAAAUAAAUGUUCUCCCUGAGAACAAAACGAUCCAAAUGCAAAUGCGAAAAAUGACAGAUAAAUCCUUACUUGAUGCCGUGCUUUCCUUGAAAGCAAGUUCCAAAUCCGAUCAAUGAAAUUCAAACUCGUCGAAGCUGUGUUCUUCCUGAGAACCCAAACAUCAAUCGAUUCGGCGAACAGUUCUUCAACUGUGAGUUCCACAAACUGAACCCUGGUUAAAGCACUUUAUUCCCUGAAUACUGCUUCCUGUACUUGCUCCAAAAAUGUCACUUUAAAUAUACAGUGUACGUGUCCUUGUACUUGUACUUGUACGUUGAAGAACUGUUUGCUCUUGCAGAAAAACAACAACAAAAAAAUGGCGCCUAGCUCUACCAUGUGCUCUCCGGUCACAUGACUAUCAUGUGACCGGAAGUGCGAACCAAAACGCAGAUAUGCAAAUAAAAACAAAACAAAAAAAAAGGGGGGGGAAUAAAACAAAUAGAAUAAAAUAAACUGACGACGGUCGGUAGUUACAGGGUGUAAACUGUUCUAAUCACAACUGAUAUGAUUACAGAAAGUCAGAUGAAGUGAACUUCUGUUACAAGUAAACCACUAUGUAUAAAAAAGAAAAUACUUAAAAGAAACACCGUGACAUUUUUUGUUUAAUGAAAGAAAAAACUAGAAGCAAGGCUGCCCAUCACUUUUUCGCCAACACAAAAUAAAACGUAUUCAAGUACAACUGACUUCUUACAGUGCACGCAAUGAUGUGAAGUUCAGUGUUACUUUUACAUGUUGCAUACUCUCCAGUUGCAUAAAAAACAGUUUAAUACACUGUACUUAUCAUGAAAGUACUAACUGAGCACAUUACUUUUACAUCCCCUAAUUGAGACGGAACCGUCAUUGUACGUAGCCAUCCUAGCUACGCGAAGAGCUGACCAACGGCAGUGCUGUGUUUACUUGAAGAAGCGCUUACUAAUUUUUUCCCGCCUCAAAUGCGGGAAUUACGGUCAAGACGCCCGAAAGUCAUUUCGCCCGAAGUCAUGUCACCAGAAGCCAGGGUCAUGUCGCCCGAAAUUGCGGGCGACAUGACUUAGGAUUUCGGGCGACAUGACUAUGUAUUUCGGGCAACAUGACGCUGGUUCAUGGCGAUAUGACUUCGGGCGAGAUGACUUUCGGGCGACUUGACCGGUUACCAAAUGCGGCGCUGAUGAAGUAAAUAUGACGGAUACUAUCGUUUUGUUUACAACCUGCAGAUUGGUCGAGACUGGUCAGUGAUGAUGGAAAAAUGUCGUUUGUGUCACUAUCAACCUCUGCUAUUACUAUACGCCAAUCCUGCCGGUACUCCAAUAAGUGCUGAGUCAGCACCUAAAGAGACAAUCCUCAUCAAUGGAAUAACACGUAAGAAAGAUGCACAUCAUUCUAGUAAGCGUGCUAUGAGUGACAGAGAGGCAGGUGAUGGUGUUAGCGAUGGUGAAAAGAGCCCUGUUGGAUCAAAAAAGGGAAGGUUACGAUCCAAGGGGAAAGAUGAGAAGCGGUCGUUGAAAUCCAAGAAAAGCCUUUCCGCUAGUGAUCUAACUGAACCAAGCAAGCAUCUCUUUCGCUCACCCAGUAAUGCGUCGGAUUCUGGUGCUACCAGUCAGAGGAAGGAAAAACAUCGGCCAAGCUUUAGGCGGAUUGGAAAUGCUAUAAUGAAUGUAGUUAAUCCUGCUCUGGCGGUGUCGCAUUUGAAGCAGGGAAAAAAGAAGAACAGUCAUAAAGCAAGUCGAAGAUCAUCAACUGGAUCAGGGAGUGAAUCCAGUGGGGAACAUGAUCUUAUAGAUCUGAGGUAGGGUUAUCUGUCUCAUGGCAGUUUAGUUUAGUGCUCUUCGUUAAUUUGUUUUAUCAAUUACUUGCUAUGAACCUGCAACACGUAUUUGCGUAAGUUUGAAAUAUACGCACGUGCAUCGAUGUUCGCACGUGCAUGGCACGUGCUAUGUUCACACUGUACCGGACGAAUUUUCGAUCGAAAAUUUGACCGAACAUCACACGGAACCUUCCAAUAUUUUCGCCAAUUUUACACUGAACUGAAAAACCAGGUUGAAUAUUUUCAAGUAGCAGCGUUCUAGUUACGCAGUCUGGCGUACUGACUGUAUAUUUAACUGUAAGUGCUUUUCCUAUAUAUACGCGCCGGCUAGAUAGUAGGAUGCCUCCUACCUAGACGUUCUUAGGGAUUCGUCACGCGUUCCUUUCCCACGAACGGAGGAUUGCCUGACGAGCCGAAAGAACGUCUGCAGGGGAGGCUAUAAUCUCACUGUACCUUGCGUUCAAGCUUAAGUGGCGGAAUUUCUUAAUUAAUGAGUGGUUAUUGUAAUUUGCGAGCAAGCGCUGCAUUUCGAGUAGCGUUACCUAUUGGCAGCGGUUAAUUCGUUAAUCUCCGCAAUAAGCAGCGAAAAAUACGAGAAAGAGAGGGCCAAAGUGUCACUUACAGUGUAACAUCAGACAACCCUACACUAUUAUUUCACCUGUUUCCUCCUAGCUCCAAGAACGAAGCUGCUAAAAUGGAGAUCUUAAAACUCUAUGAACAGUCUAAAGCGCUGAAUGCGGCCCAAGUAGGAGCAGUGAAUCAUGAUAGUGGAAUAAGCUCUGCUCCGUCAUCAGCUGGUGAAUCUGUUAGUUCUACUGACACCAAUCAUGGAGGAAGCGAUGAGGAUCUUAUUGACUUCAAUCAAUCAUGGCGGCAUUCUAGAUAUGAUAACUGGCCCCCUGGUAAGACUUCUUAUACUCCACUCUUUUGAACACUCUGAAUGCUUUUUUCCAGGGGAGCAAUGGUGGAGCAGGGAUGGCGCAGUGUUGAGAGUACCCGCCUCCUACCAAUUUGGCCCUGGUUUAAAACCCGACGUCUACGCCAUAUGCGGUUUGAGUUUGUUGUUGGUUUGUAGCAGGUCGUUCUCCCUCCACAUCAAAUUUAUAGUUUUAUGUUUAGAAGGUCCCCAAUAGGGUUCUUCAAUCCCGUAAUCCCGACCAAAAAUUCCUUGCAAUCCCGUAAUCCCCAGGGUCAUAUUUGGCAUCCUACCUCCCGCGAACGCCUCGCGCGCAUACAUUUAAUUCCGAGUCCCGCCUCGAUUUUGCUUUAAAAUCCCGAAUCCCGAGCUUCAAAUAAGGGAAAUCCCGGAUACCGAAACAUCUAUCGGAGACCCUCUGUAAAUGCACAAGAUUUCAACCCGGGUGGUUUGUGUUUUUAUGGUAAGCACCCCUGGUUUUGACUGUUCACACAGUCGAGUUUCUUUACUCCGAUAACGCUCGGAUUUUUUAUAAUUACUCUUGCAGUUCAUCCGAAUGAUCGCAUUGAAAUACUCCUUCAACAAGCCGAGAACUAUCUUGCAAAUUCAGAGAUGUGUGAAACCAACAAGGACUUUGUCAGUGCUUUAAGUUACUGCACUGAAGGAGCCAGUGAGUGAUUACUGUUGUUGAUAACUUCGCCGCUUUAGAAACCAAUAGGAAACUGGGACGAGUUAACUUUGGCAAAGACGUUUGAGACUAUUACUAGAGACGAGGAAAAAAUUGGCCAAUCGCUGAUCGAUGCAACUCCAGUAACAAUCCCAGAGACAACUGCGGGGCGCAUCAUGUCGGCCUCAGUUCUCUUCUCGUUUCUAAAGUGGCAAAUUAAUGGGUUUCAUUUGUGUGUUUUUUGUCUGACGAUAUCUUUUUCGGUUUGAUCGCGACGUUUCCACGGCUUGUAGGCUUGUGUUGUCGAUCUCCUUUGCGGUAAAGAGUGGCUUUAUUUGGUACACCUAAAGAUCGAGGUUUGGUCAUUUUACUGCUAACGAAAAACUGCGUUUUGCGGUUAAAGGUUUCACGUUACCCGUCUGCCCAUAUUUGGGACUUAAGAUUCGCAGGUGGUGGCUCGCGGCUGCCAAGUUUGUUUUCAUUCAUCCACUUGCUUCUAUUUUAGCUGAGAAAUUGUCUUCAAAAUUAUGUUUUUUGACAUGGAAUUGGAUAAUGAAUAAGCAUAAUUAGUAUAUACACACUCAGUGAUCUUGGUGAUUUAAGCAAUCUGAUUGGUUCGCUAUCUCGGACUAUUCAACAAUAUUCACCUCCUAGCGAGUGGAUAAUGUGUGAGCUCGGUGUUUUUCCCGUUUUUUUUAGAGAACGAUCUUUUAAAAGUCGACAAAAUCCUAGGGCUGACUUUUUUUAAGGCAAGAAAAGACUUGGAAGGAUUCAAUACGGCGUUUUUCAAUUUACUGUAGCAGGAGUUUUGUGCUCGAUGGAUUGUUUACAACUCCCGUGUAUUGUCUGUAUUCGCGUAGAAGAAGCCGUUUCGUGAACUCAGCGUUUUCUAAGAAGAAAAUUUUGACUCAAAAAUCGAAGUUUAUUUAUGAAAAACAAAUUUAAAAGGAAAUGUUUGCAGAAAUUCUACAUUUCAAGUAAACAGGAAAAAGAAUGAUACAGGAAGACGACCUCUUACUUCGAGCAACCGAGCCGCCAUUUUUGUCAGCACUUCACGCGAAGAACGACACAACAUGCCCUUUUGGCUAUAAACUUGGCGUGUCAACAGAAAACAACACAGCUCUACUUUUUUUCUCAGGUAAGGAAACAGUUCAAACUUUUAGCGAUUCCAUUGAAGCCAUUACGCUGUUGUUUGCGAAAUGAGUAAACUUGUGAAUUGCCAUGUUUGAAAAUUCUGCAAAGAUCUAUUUUUAAACUUACGCGUGAUUUGAUCUGUCAAUCAAAUCCUACUUUUGAAUGGUUUCCUUUCUGAUUUUGUUGAGAUCACUUCGUGUGUAUAUACUAAAACAAUUAUUCUUCUCAAUCUCGGUGAAUAGUGGCUUUGGGAAUAUUUACCUCGCCGCUUUCGCGGCUCGGUAAAUAUUUUGCCACUAUUCACCUCGAUUUCAAAGAAUAAUUGUUAAGAAUUCGAAAAAGUUGUAUUUCUUCUCAAACGCGUUAUUGUGAUGUUUUAGGGUGCAAAAAACCUUGCGGUAAAUCACUUACAAGGUCUUUCUUGUUUAAAAAAAUUCGGGCGUUGUCUUACUGGAUGUAGUAGCAGAGUACAGACCAAUAAUGUUCUCGGUCAAUAAACUUAGAUUUUUUUCAAAGUUCAGCUUCUGACAUGACAGUUGGCCUGCAAGAAAGCUCUCCAUUUUGAGUGGCGAGCGAAAGGAGCCGCGACAGAAAGUGCUUCCAAGCGGCUUUGCUACGCCUGCCACUCGUGCGUGACUUCUCACGAUAUCCCCAAGAGAGAGCUUUCUUGCAGGCUACGUGAUAAUCAUUAAGGACCUUAAGCAACAAGAAUGUAGACUUCCCGGACGUCAAAAAAUGGCAAGCGGAAAAUUUUCUAUCGUUCAAUGCUCUGACGCGACAAAUUCGUAAGGUGGGUGUUGAAAAACAUAGGCAUUCCGAUUUGUUGUGUUAGACAAAAGCGUUCGAUCAAGCAAACAUCGAACUUCCGCUUGCUAUUCAUAACGUCCGGGACGUCAGCGUUCUGGUUGCUUAAGCUCUCUAUUGCAUCGGUAGACCGUAAUAGUUUAAACUUGCUAAAAUAACCAUUCAAACUUGUGAUCACUAAUCCCUUUGAAUUUAUUCCAGGUCUAUAUAGGCGUGUUUUAGAAGAACCAGGUGUAGACCUGAACACGAAGCACUUCGCUUCAAUGAAAAGGAAUGCGUGCAUGGCUAGAGCCAGGAACUUACGACAUUUUGUCCAGUCACCCCAUGACAACAGAAACACUUCUGUUAGGUAUGCACCUCGUGUGUAUUUUAAUCUGAUGGUAUUAUUUUUUUAAGUUUCUGGCAGAAGCCUAUAACCAACCUCCAUUAAGCGACACUUGCCGAUAGCCUGAGAGUGGCCCCGGAGGUGGGGGGGGGGUUUACUCCUGGGAAUUCUUGGUGGGGGUGUGUCGCCCGGUUCUCCAAAUCCUGACCCUAUUUCAGACCAAAAAAUGUCAUUUUCAACACCCGUUUUCAGACCUGGCCUUUAGGCAGAAAUUAUGUCAUCAUUACUUAGAUUAGAGCGCAAACAAAAAAUUUCUUCAAAUGCCUUUCGAAUUGGCCUAUUUCUGUUUCUUUCUUAUUCAUUUGGAAUUGAAACAAUAAAUACGUUCAUACGCUCCCGUAGUUCCCUCGAAAACCAUACCCGAUUCCAGACCAAAAUGGGAGUACCUCCCCCCGGGGAGUGGCCGCUUAAAGGAGGUUUAACUGUACAGUGGAAGCUCUGCUAACGGACACUCUCGUAAGCGGACAGCUCUACGAGCGGCCACCUUCACAAUAACCUCGUUUUACCCAAUUCCCAUACAAACUUUGUAUUUUUACAUUCCCGUAAGCGGCCAGCUCCACAUGCGGACACCUUUUUUACGUCCAGUUUAUUUUGAAGAUACAUUUUAGAGCACUUCUCCCGCGGCAUGGGAGCUCUUCUCCUUCUAAAAUCGCUUUCGAAGUAUAUGAUAUAAAAAAGGUAAAACUAAACGUUAUAACAAAAGUCAGAAAUACCAUUUCAGUUCUGUAGGCUCUGCUUACUUGUUUAUGGGACUUUAAAGGUAGUUUAAAUUCGCGCCAAAAUUGUUCUGAAAAUAAAGUGGUCGAUUAAAACGCCGUGAUACGAGUACGUUGAAGUUGCAUGAUAAUUGCAGCAAAGCGUUACUUAUGAUUGGUUAGUGGUUGAGCACCAUCGACCAAUCAUAGCUUACGCUUAUUUACCCAAACGAUCCCAGAUAUCACUGCACCCAAGGUUUGCACAUAUCCUCCUUACAGUUUCUGAAGUGAGCAAUUUUGAUUACACUCGAGGUUCAAUCAAUAUGGGACAGGCACAGAGCCCAGCAUAUUCAAAAGCACAUCGUGGUUUUCCUUUUGAAAUCGAUUGCCAAAAUCGAAUGUAAUCCGUGUAUUUGAUUACUACUAAUUUCUUUUACAGUCUUUCGAAGCAAAGAGAGGAAGAACUUCUUCAUCAACAACGACAAAGAGAUCAUAUGAUUAUGAGGCAGCAGCAGCAAUUUCAGCAGCAGGUCCCCCCGCCACAAUACGUAUGUACAACAAGGACAACAGUCACUUAAUUUAUAUACGGAAAGAAAGAAAUCACCAGGGAGGCACAAGAAAAAUUAUCAAGAAUUAACUAGCUAAAGGGGAAACAGCGCAGGGGAGAACGCCUUAACCUUCGCCCCAUGCUUACUUGAGCGACUUAUUUUUUACUUCAUCUUAGCUAGUUCCUUGGCUAUAGGGUUCAGUUUGUGGGUUAAAAAAUAAUAUAGAACGCUCGCGUUUACUUUUCUGUAUCCCUUUCUAUUGUUGCUUUUCUAUUGUUGUUUACAGUUUUCUUCAAUUACAAUAAAAUAUACGAAGAUAUUUUAUUCCAUUUCACGGGCAGUUGUUGAAUUACUGCGAAGCAACUCGCGACGCGAGGAUGACGCAGAGACCUAUAAAAGGCGGGAAAAUUUGCGCGCAAUUCAAGCAUUGUUGUGGCUUUUGAUUAUACGAAUCAUUUUUCUCACACGUGAAAACACAUCGUUGUCGAUUCUGAUUGGCUAGAACUCAUGAUCUGCGUAUGAAAAUGUACGCUUUUUAGUAUGAAUAUAAUAAAUUUACUUUAUUCAUUUUCUAUUGACAGACAUCCCUGCAACGAAGAGGUCGGUUUGUGAAUGAGAAACCAGCCCCUCAAGUUGGAUUGCAGAGAGUUAUUGAGGUGCCCGUCUGUAGUUCUAGUCAGAAUGGAGGGCAAGACCGAAACUACGCGGAUGAACAGUACGUGGCCUCCACUCUUCCUCUUAAAGUUAAAGCCAAGCCCAUGGUGUAUUCAAGUGGUCAUUACGUAAGUAAAGCUCAACAGGACAAACUCGGCCCCAGUAGGGUAGCAUCAGUGGUUUGCUCACAACAGAUUAAACCGGAUUCACUGUGUUAUAACCCAGUGCAUUAUGACCGUGAAAGCGAGAUCGCUGCGAGGAUACAGAACAUUAAUCUCAAUUCUUCUAGACCGAAAACGAACGAAGAAUAUACGACAGUUAUCUCUGUUGGCGACAACAGGCCGAAGAUUUCCGAAAACCGCCACUCGCGUCCUUCUCCGGUGGAACAGAGGCGGGUGUUGAGUUCGGUGUAUAUUUCGCCUUCAAAUUCAUCAAACUCUAGAACUGUACCCACUGCUUCGUAUAACCCUACAGUCUAUAGAAGCAACGGCACUCGAAGUCCUCCAACUAUCACUGCUGUCCGUCCCAGACCCAAGGUAUUUUACGCGGGAAAUUCAGCGGCUGGCACGAACUCGUCAACUCGAGAUCGGUCCCCGUCUCCUGCGCGGUCAGUGGAUGAGUUAGAUUAUAUUCAUUCAAACCGCGGUGCUUAUGGUCCGCGGCCUCAUGACUAUGUACCUGCUCCUCCAUAUAAUUCACUUCAUCAGCGAGAACAGCUCAAGAGUUAUUCAACCUCGUCGUUAUCCAAGCCUCGUUGGUAUCACAACUCGCCGGACGAUUCUGUUGCAAACAAUAGUCGCGAUUUCCGACCAGUGUCGGCGCGUGUUAUCACGGAUCGGCCAGUUUGCGAAAAAUGCCGAUGUAUACCGAUUGAUAGGCGACAAAGAUUAUGUGCUGGCUGUGAACAAGAAUUGCGCCAGAUGCACUCAAAUACUCCGAGAUUUUACUGAGGCCAAAACUGAAAGGGAAAAUUUUCACACUGGAGACGAAGUUGUUAAGCUUUUAGUCGAAAAAAAAAGUUAUAUUUAUUUUGGUAGGAACCUUCAAACCCCUAUGACGUUGGAUUUGUGAAGUUACUUUUCCCUUGUGCUUCGAAGAAAGGUAUAAUAACAAGGCCUUAAGCUUUUUGCUAUGUUCACUCAAACAGCGGUACUAGUGAUACAUACAUGAGAAUAAAAGCAUAAAUGAAGUAUAAGCUAUCAUUUAAAGCCUCGAGACACGGUAAAUAACGAUAUUUAGUUUGCAGAAAUUAAGGGCGAUGGAAGUGGAUUCUGUAUCUGCUUCUUUCUGCCGACUCUUGUCGUCUACACGAAAAUCAACGCAGCGGUCAAAGCAGUUUGAGUGAACAUGACAUUUGCUUCCCACGCAGACGUUCUUAGGGGCUGGUCACGCGUUACUCGAACCUAUAAGAACGUCUGCAUGGGAGGCUAACAUGGCAUGUGAACGGUCGUGAAGGGUCUGACGAUAAAGCCUUUAAACUAUGUUUUAGGGUAGCGAGAUUAUUUGACACUCUGGGUCAGGUAAUAGAUAUUUUCUGAAGUGGUGGUGGAUGAUAGUGGAUAUCUACUAUGGCACGGAGGAUAUCCACUUUGUAACAAAGACAUUUUGUCACUAAGAUGACGUACGGGGUUAAAAGUUAGAGGUGUGUAUAUGGAGCUUUGUCAGAUGUUUGACUGGGUGGUUAUUUUUCUACGGCAGUUGGAAUCUUCCAGUUCAAACCCUUAAGAGCGUUAUGUGCCAAAUAGAUACUAAUAAUUAGGGGAGAGAGAGCCUGGGAGCGAGGUUGAUGUUGUAGUUAAUUUUUUAUCUGGGGUAAUUUUUAUUUUUCUUUUGUUUUAACUUCAUUAGCAUACACUACCAUACCCAAAAACAAAAGGAAAACAAAAAUUACCUGAGAUAAAAAUGAACUACAACAUAUACACGUGGUAUUUGAAAAGCAGACUGAUAAAGACCAUAAACCGUGAAUGACACGACACAAUAUUAACUUAAUGGGACAUUGCAGGAAUAACACCGAUUUACGCGCGCUGAAAGUGGUUUCUUCGCUCUAGUGCUGUGUACUUACAACCUCAAAAAUGAAGCUAAAGCUUGUGUGGGGCGGUUCCCUGGGGUAGUCAAACCCUGAGCCUGUUUAAGACGAAAUCUUGUCAUUUUUGCACCCUGUUUUUUAAGACCAUUGUUUUCAAAUAUUUGUGUUUCGGCCGGAUUGACCCGCGAGUCAUUUAAAAUUUUGAUUUUGUGAAGCGUCCUUCACAGAAGUCUACUCGGGUGCAAGCACCUUGUCACUUGGUCUAGCUGUAUCCAGUUAAUUAACUCCUCUUAUUAUAUAAAGACCAAUGAAAUACCAGGUUAGCUUUCGCGCGAAAACUUGAUAUCUUCACAAGUGAAAAUAACAUGUUAAACCUCACCGUUGCUAUGGCUACAUUAUAAAUCGCGCCUUUUACACCAAAAACCUAUUAAAGUGAAAUAGUUUGGUAGUUCAUUGGUGUUUAUAUAAUAAAUAAUUAUAUAAUUACAUGGCCUCUUAGAGAUACGAAAUUUCUCUUCUCGUGUUCGGAAAAUAUUUCACUCGUUCGCUGCGCUCACUCGUGAAAUCUUUUUCAACACUCGAAGAGAAAUUUCGUAUCUCCAAGUGGCCAUUUAAUAUCCUCUGUAUAGAGCGUCCUAAAAGAAACAAUCAUCUAGUGAAGAUGUAUUUCUUGGACCUAGAAAUUCAGCGGGACGUCCACGGUUAGGCCAAUUUAGCGAGUCCCCCCACCCUGCCCCCCUCGGGACUGCUUCGCCGGAAAAUAUUGUGAUCUGUCAAGAGCCCAGAACGAGGGCUCCCGGGUCUGUAUA